AAGUGCUGAUGGAGAUGGAGCUCACUUUUAUUGUCUAUAUUUGGCAAACAAUAUGAAACUUUAUGAUGUGGUGAUGGAAGUAUGACAAGUGACGGAAACUACCAUAUGGCUUAAGUACAAUUCCUGAGUCACUUAGCCACAACACUCAAUGAGUCAAACUGCUGAUUUAUGGCUUUUAAAAAAGGCAAAAAGAAGAAGAAGAAGCAGCUAAAAUUUAACUCAGCAAAAGUGACUGUCUGCACUUGGACAAUGACGCGGACACUCCUAUUGUGGGUCCUCAUCCUAAAUGCCUCACUCAAGCCCUCAGAGAGCCACGGUCCUGAGUUUGAAGAGGGGGAAGACUAUGAGUUGGUUCGACCAGUCAAACUUCACACAGUGAGAAAAAGACAUGCAGAGCACAUCAGACCUCAGACUGUUAAUUAUGCAAUGACCGUGGGAGGAAAACACAUUCAAAUGCAACUAGAAAAAAAUAAUGAAUUACUCACCAAAGAUUACACUGAGACCUACUACCAAGAAGAUGGGACUCGAGUCACCACAACACCAAAUGACAUUGAUCACUGCUACUAUCACGGGAGGAUUGUGAAUGACAGUGACUCGUCUGUCAGCAUCAGCACUUGUGAUGGACUCAGGGGUUACUUCAGAACGUCUGCCCAGAAGUACCUGAUAGAACCGCUGUCAGGUGAUGAUGAAGGAGAUCAUGCAGUGACGACAUUUAAUGAGAAGAACUUCACACCUGCAGUGUGUGGCGUCACCAACACCAGCUGGAACGAUGACUUCGAACCUCCAACAAGUCGCAGUCGCUCCAGAUCAGGGGGUAUUUCUAUUGUUCAGCAACAGAAAUACAUCGAGCUCUACCUUGUUGCUGAUAACCGUGAGUAUGUGAAGAUGAAGAGAGAUCAGACAGCGCUGAAAAAGAGGAUAUUUGAAGUUGUCAACUUUGUCAACAUGGCGUACAAACCUCUGAGAACCUUCAUUGCUCUAGUGGGACUAGAGAUCUGGUCCAAUGGUGACUUGAUAUCGGUGACACCUCCUGCUGGGGCCAACCUGGAUGCUUUCAGAACAUGGAGGAACACUGAGCUUGUGAAGAGGAGUAAACACGACAACGCACAUCUCAUCAGUGGUAUUAACUUUGAGGGAGCCACUGUGGGUCUGGCUUACAUCGGGACUCUCUGCUCGGGUCACUCUGUUGGUGUCAUACAGGAUCACAAUGACCGAGCAAUUGCAGUGGGAGCGACGCUGGCCCAUGAGAUGGGCCAUAACCUGGGCAUGGACCAUGAUGACUCCAGCACCUGUGCUUGUUCUGGGGAUAGCUGCAUCAUGGCUGCAGCCCUCAGUUGGAACGUUCCUCGGACUUUCAGUAGCUGCAGCAGCAGCCACUAUGAAAAAUACCUGAUGAACCGAAGCCCCAGCUGCAUGCUGGACAAACCAGACUACAAGAGUAUAAGGGCUCCCGCAGUGUGUGGGAACGGUUUUAUGGAACAAGGAGAGCAGUGUGACUGUGGCACUGUGGAGGAGUGCACCAACCCGUGCUGUAACGCCACCACCUGCAUGCUGAAGGAAGGUACACAGUGCGCUGACGGCGAGUGCUGUGAAAACUGUCAGAUUUCAUCUAGCUCCAGAGAGUGUCGCAGGAAGCAGGACGACUGUGAUCUGGCAGAGUAUUGUGAUGGGAAGAGCGCCACCUGUCCUGAGGACAUGUUUGCUGUGAACGGGCUCCCGUGUGAUGGAGGUCUGGGUUACUGCUACAAUGGUCAGUGUCCACAGAGGCCAAACCAGUGUGUCAAGAUGUAUGGAUCAGGUGCUAUCGAGGCCCGCAGGUCCUGCUAUGACCAGAACAAGAGGGGAGUCUACUACGGCUUCUGCAGACGUCCAUCAAAGGACCAGUACAUCCCCUGUCAGCGAGA